UCGGGCUCCGGCCGGGGAGUCACGUUUCACUCUGACAUCAGCGGGGCGAGCGAGCCCGCUGGAAAAGCCACUCGGCCGGCGGGGCCCCCCAGCGCAGCCCCCCGGCGCCCCCCAGACGUUAAUGGCUUCUUGGCUUUGAAGAGGGAGAUGCUGCACAGGGGUCCAGUGUCUAAGUGAUGGUGGCGACCAGACUCCGAGACCCAGAGAGCCCGUGAGAAUGUCCAAACCUGCCAACCCGACCCCCUCUCAACUUCUGUUUCUCUUGCUGUGUUUGAGCUGGGCCCUGACAUGGCCCUGUGGGGCGCUGCCCAGUGCCCCGGACUACCUGCAGCGCGGCUGGCAAAGGCUGCUGGAGGAAGGAGAGAGCUGCUCAGACUGCAACCCAGAGGAAUGCCCUACCCCCCGGGGAUGCCUGGCAGGCAUGGUGCGGGACCCAUGCGACUGCUGCUGGGAGUGUGCCAACCUGGAAGGGCAGAUCUGUGACCUAGACAACACCAAUCACUUCUACGGGAAGUGCGGGGACCAUCUGGAGUGCAAGCUGGACACGGGGGACCUCCGGAAGGGCGAGGUGCCCGAGCCCCAGUGCGCUUGCCUCUCCAGCCAGGCCCUGUGUGGCUCUGAUGGGAAGACCUACACCCAGAUCUGCAAGUUCCAGGAGGUGUUUCAUGCCCAUCCCGAGGCAAAUCUCACUGUGGCUCACGAGGGACCCUGUGAAUCAGAGCCCCAGAUCUUGUCUCCUCCCUACGACGUGUGGAACGUCACCGGGCAGGACGUGAUCUUCGGCUGUGAGGUCUUCGCCUACCCCAUGGCGUCCAUUGAGUGGAGGAAGGACGGCGCGGAGAUCUUGCUGCCGGGAGAUGACCCCCACAUCUCUGUACAGUUCAGGGGAGGCCCCCAGAAAUACGAAGUGACCGGCUGGCUGCAGAUCCAAGGCGUCCGGGUGACGGACGAGGGCACCUACCGCUGCUUCGCCAGGAACAGGGUCGGGGAGGUGGCUGCACUUGCCAGCUUGACGGUCCUGACGCCGGAUCAGCUGAACAUGACGGGGCUGUCCCUGCCCAAGCCGUACCCCGGGCUCGAGGACGACGUGGAGAGCGAGGAGUCAGACGAUUAUUACUAACGGCUGCAGCAGGGAGGUGGGACCAAGCUCGGGAUCCAGGAUGGAGACGUCAUCCGCCAGCCUGCCUCCUCUACGGCAGUCCAAGGCAUGGACACCUGGCCCCCUUCCUCGUGAACCUCUGUGGAUGGAGUUUGGGGAGAACCCCUGAGCAGACCUCUCCCUCCACGUGGAAACUCCUUCUGCUAUAAACAGUUUUGGGUUGAGAUCUUUUUUGGGGCGUGGGGGGGUCAUCUUUCAACACAUCCCUUUGCUGGGUGAAGGGGGCAGCAGGAGGGAUUAUUAGGUGUUUAGUGGCUCCCAGGAGAGGUGAAUGCUAUCGGCACCUGGAGCCGUGCAAAGAGCAGCUCAGCAGAAGUGUUGGCUUGGUUAUGGAGGCCCAGCAAACAGGAGCUCGGCUAAGCUCCUUUCUGGCUCACCUGGUACCAACAGACCAUGGGGAUCCCGAUCAGAGUCUCAGCCUGUGCAGGACACCCCCACCCACCCCCACACAAAGCAAGCCUGGCCACUAACUGGGGAUGCCACUAAUUGUCUGCUCUGAUGUCCAGCUACCAGCUGGUGACCAAAUCAGGCCCCGACGGAUGUAGCCAGGAGGUGCUCUUUGGAAAUCCUUGGGUGCAACUGGUCCCUUGGUCUUGGGGAGAUUGGAGCCACUCUCCUAAGAUGGGGAGCCACCCCAUGCCAGCAUUAUUGGACCCUCCAGGAGCAGAAGGACUCACUUCCCAGGUUAGGGUGCUGUCAUGAUUAAGACCAACAAGGAAGGCUGGUCGCCGCUGCUGGGGGGUUGGAAAUGGGAUUCAGAAUCCAGCCCCUACAGAGCGACACCGAGGGCUUCACACUAACACGUGAGGACGACCACACCCCAUUCCAAGCAGCCUGCAUGUCACCAGCUCUCUAGCCACCUGCUGCAGUCCUGGGGCCAUGCUGGUGUCUGCAGCUGGAACGGGCUCUCGGAGCGGUGUGACCAGCCUCCGGGGUUAGCACCUAACCGCAGAAAGGUUCCUCUCUCCUGAGACUCUCUCUCCAGUUUAUUAAACCUUUUCUCGUCUCCUC